ACCCCAUGAAAAAUUUCACACAGUCCAAUCCACGCAGUCCUUCAUCUCUAAGAAGGCUUCAUUCUGUUCUCUGGAGAAGUAUAGAUACUGACUCUGACUGGCAUAAAAGUCAAAAACGCGAUACGUGUAGGAACGCUUUGGCUUUGGUUUCGAGAGUGUACUAAGUUGAGAACAAAUUAAAAAAAAAAAGAGUAAACGAAAUUUUAUUUCGGACGUUUAAAUAAGUGGAUAAAUAAUAAACAAUGUCAGAUUCGGAAAACGUUGAAGUAAAAAAAAGGGGCCGCUCAUCCGCUGCUGAAAAGCGAACCCAUGUUUCAUCCAAUUCGAAAAAAGAAGACAAGCCUGCUAGCAAUACCGAUGGGGAGACACCAGCGAAACGUGGACGUGGUCGUCCCAAAGGUGCAACUAAGAAAAAUGGCAAUAAAACCCAAGCAAAGAAGUCAAAUAGUAGCAAAGGACGUGGACGACCUUCUAAAAAGAAGGACGAUUCUAGUGAAGAUGAAGAGACCGAAGGCAAUGAAGAAGAAGAAGAAAACGACGAAGAAGAUAAUGAAUCAAACUCUGAUGAAUAGAUUAUUCAUGAGUAUAAUAUGCGAUUGAAAUUGUAAUUGAAUCGAUAAAUUUAUUUAAGCGUAUAAAAUUAUUCAUUAAGAAAAACAAAAAUAUUUAUAAAUUCCAACAAAAAUUGUAUGAGCGCAAAAAGUAUUAAUACACCUACCUACCUAUUAUCGAAAUGUUCAUUAAUGUUCUUUAACAUUAAGCUAAAUGAAUGAAGUAAGAUGUGAAGUAUAAUUAUAACUAUAUUUGAUUAGUUCAUAUCGCAUUCAUACAAAAACUGAAUAAAACGAUGUACAUCUGAAUUAAAA